GCAAUAGGGGAUAAAGAGUUUUGUGUUUACUUCUUUUCCCUGGGCAUUUUGAAACAAGUGUCUGACCCAUAGGAAUUAUCUUUUGGUGCAUUACAUGGUCAAGAUUUUCAAUACUUAAACAUAUUAGUAAAACACACACAAAACCUUCAGUAGAAAUAUCGAUGCUAUUGAAAAGAUUAGAAUUCUUAUAAAGACUCUUCAAAAUAGCACUUCAGAAAAGAAUUAUUGCCUUUUUAGCAGUGAUAGAAAGAUCUCUACAAACAAGAAACUAGCAGAAGAUUCCUUAUUCCUUCCCCAGAAUUUGUUGCAACUGGGUAAACCCCUGUGAAUCUACCCGGAGAAUUUAGAUGAAGCUUUGUGACAACAGUUUAAUUUUCAGUGCUGCUGUGUUAUGAUUUCUUGCCUUGGAGGGGAGGUUGUAUGGGAGAUGCUUUAGAACUUGCCAGAAGUGUUAGUGUUCGUGUUCUAGUGCUGGCUGAAAGAUUGCCUGGUCAGUGGUGUGCACUGUCUCUGCCAGCUGAUUCACCCUUUCUCAGCAUGAUCCCUCUGACAGUCUUAGAAGUCUUGGCAAUUCCUGCUUCCUUUUUUCUGCCUCUCACUGUGGUUUGAUAAUUGAUUUUUUUAAAAAUUAUUUAUUUUAUUUUGACCUACCUGAAACUGCUUUUUUUCUGGAUCUUUUUUUCUGUGGACUAGUUGCAGUUAAUACAUUACAACAGGAAGUUGCUGCCUGUUUGCUUCAUACAGGAGUAUGAUGAGUGGGAAGGCAAAGCCUAAAGGGACCUUUAGUUGCUCUGGAGGGUGGCUGUGGUUUGGUUUUAGGAAUAGCUAAUGGCACUGGGAUGGCGGGGGAUGACUGCUUUAAAUGGGCCAGGGAGAGCGGAUCACUAACGAUUUGUUUGUAUAUCCAAUCCACUGCUUAGUACCCCAGGUGGAAACUGUGUACACAUGGAGAAACUUUGCAAAGCUGCUUUGUGAUUAUUUUGUCUAUUAGUAAUGUUAUCACAACAAUACUGCAAGAACAACAACAGUGCUGUGAGCACGAGCUGUUCCUUAGUUUCUUAAAUAUUUUGCAAUUAAGCCUUUCUAAGGUUUUCUGCUUUCUGUUGUUUCUAACCCUUUUAAUACUCUAUAGACAUUACUGGGAAGAUUUGCAUGCGUUUUAACAGCUAAUAGAUUCUGUGCUUUCAUGCUGAACUUUAAAUGUGAUUUGAAAAAACUUUAUGUACUCACUCUAAACAAAGAUUUGUGGAAUGUAAAUAGCUUUGUAUUCAGAAGUACAUAGGUUUAGCAGAAUAAAUUUGUCAUAGGAAAUUUCCUAAUGUUAAAUGUUAGGAGGUAUCAUAAAAAGUGUUUUAUGUCUAACUAGCUCUAGAACAUUCAGGAUUUGGAGCAGGAAAUAAGAAAAUAAAUAAUAAAUUGAAAAGAAAGAAUAAUAUCCCUGUCAGACACAUGACUCUUGUUCCUCCAAAGAUCUUGACAGGUUUGACCAGGUAAUAGGCAGAAAUACUUCAUGUUGGUGUGAUGAAAAAGUUGUUCAGGGCUUGCCUCUUAUUUGUAUGGAAGUUUAUUUCCUUGUUUGCAUUUGAAGCUACCAGGGAACUUUGUUGUCUUCAUCUGCACAGAGGUGGCCCCUGUAGGCACCAGUAACACUGGUACUGCACCUGCUCCCCUCAGCAGUGUUGAAUAGCCUGAGAAAGGAUUCACUUAGUUGAGGAAAAAAAAGCCUCCUGAGUAUUUGUGUUUUUGUCUCUCCUGUUCUUCCUAGUAAUGAUUCAGUGCGUUUUACAAUGCUUAUGAUUGGUCAAAGCCUUGGGAACUUGGCAGGCGUCUUUCCUUCCAGCUUACUGAUGGGAAAUGAGAAGUUCGUGGUUGAGAAUAGAGGCUGUGCUUCUAAUAUGGUAUUUCAAAGGCCUUUUAACUAGCUUGUCAGAAUGUAAUGAGUGUACCUGGUUAGCUUUUUUCUAUUUAGGUGCAGCUACUCUUGCAUACUUCCUAAAAUCUACAGAUUUUGCAAUGUAAGCAGUACGUGCGCUGCAGUUUUAAGUCUUCUGCUGAUCUGCUAUUUCCUGUGCUGUCGGUAGGUCCAAGGACAUAAGGAACACUUGUACGUUACAGAAUGGAUGAACAAUCACAAGGCAUGCAGGGGCCUACUGCUCCACCAUUUCAGCCACAGAAAGCCUUGCGACCCGACAUGGGCUAUAAUACACUUGCCAAUUUCCGAAUAGAGAAGAAGAUUGGCCGUGGGCAGUUCAGUGAAGUUUACAGAGCAACCUGCCUCUUGGAUGGGGUACCAGUGGCUCUGAAGAAGGUUCAGAUAUUUGAUUUGAUGGAUGCCAAAGCACGUGCUGACUGCAUCAAAGAAAUAGAUCUUCUCAAGCAACUGAAUCAUCCAAAUGUAAUUAAAUAUUAUGCCUCAUUCAUUGAAGACAAUGAACUGAACAUAGUGUUGGAAUUAGCAGAUGCUGGAGAUCUCUCUAGAAUGAUAAAGCAUUUUAAGAAACAGAAGAGGCUGAUUCCUGAAAGAACAGUUUGGAAGUACUUUGUUCAGCUUUGCAGUGCCUUGGAACAUAUGCAUUCUCGUCGUGUUAUGCAUAGAGAUAUAAAGCCAGCAAAUGUGUUCAUUACAGCUACAGGAGUAGUAAAGCUUGGAGACCUUGGACUUGGUCGAUUUUUCAGCUCCAAAACAACAGCUGCACAUUCUUUAGUUGGUACACCUUAUUAUAUGUCUCCAGAGAGGAUACAUGAAAAUGGUUACAACUUCAAAUCUGACAUCUGGUCCCUAGGCUGUCUGCUGUAUGAGAUGGCUGCGCUGCAGAGUCCCUUUUAUGGUGAUAAAAUGAACUUGUACUCUCUGUGCAAGAAGAUAGAACAGUGUGACUACCCACCUCUCCCUUCAGAUCACUAUUCAGAGGAACUGCGACAAUUAGUUAAUAUGUGCAUCAACCCGGACCCCGAGAAGCGACCAGACAUCACCUACGUGUACGAUGUAGCGAAACGUAUGCACGCACACACCGCCAGCAGCUGAACUGACGCCAGACCAGGAGGGAGAGAGCAGAGAUAACCAAGUAUUUUAAACAACUCAUCCCACCCCUCUGUGUGUUACACAAAUGUAAUUAUUUGAAGCUUACCGUUGUGCUUUGAAUCGUAAACCAAUUUACAUACAAGCUUUGUUGUUUUCUGUUUGUUUCUGGGGGUUUCGUUUGUAUUUUUUACUGACUUGCAGUUGUACAACAGGUUUAAAUAAGGUGUAAGGCAUAAUUUCAAGAUACCAAGAACCACUGUUUUCCAUGAUACAUGGGUUCAAGUUUAUUUUCUGUAAUAUCAAAAUUAUGUUCAGUUGGGCCUCAGUUCUAAAACACAGUUGCACUUUUGCACAUGAUACAGAUAUUAGGCUUAUUAUCCAGAAGCAAAAUGUCUGAAUCUCUCACCUUUAUAGUAAUUUAUGGAAAGUUUGAAUCAGCACAGUUAACUUUAUUUUAAUCUUUGUUCUGAGAGGAACAUAAUUAUUAGAGAAGGUUAUUGUAUUUUAUAUUGAAUUGUAGUUUGCAGUUCUUGCUGUAAGAGUAGAGAGGUGAUAGGAUUAGUUCUCCGCUUGCCAAGUGUGAUGGAAAAAUAGUUUCAGGAAAAUUUGUCAUGCUGAAAUUUUUGUAAAAUCCCUUUUUGUUUUGUUAUUCUGUCAUAAUACACAUGAAACACUUGUUGGAGGUUUUCUGGGAAAAUUUAAGGUGUUGAUUCACGAAUCUGGUGGCUUUGAAUAGAUUUGUGCAGCACUGCCCUGGGGCAAUAGGAGUCUGCAUAGUUAAGUCUUAAAACCAUGCAGAUGCUUCUAGUAGCAAAGAGGGUUCUUCUGAGGCUGUCAUUUGAGCAGGUCUGAUUAAAAGAUGUGAUCUUUAGGUUACAACUUCUCAACUGUUUGUGUGUAUGUCCCUGUUUGUAGUUUUUUGUGUUUAAAAUAAUUUGAAUGACCUUACAAUGUAUUUAAAUUUUAAAGUGUUUGGUUUUUUUUAAAUACAGAAAUCUUCUGGGAAAGAUAUAAUACUGUAGUAUAACACAAAAUGUAUUCUACAUAAAUAUAUAAUUUUUGUAUACUGUAUCCUGAGAAUUAGUUUUAUAUUUAGCAAAAUUGAAUUUUAGCUUUUAUGUUUAAGAGAAAGUUGCCAGUCCCUCAUUUGGGAAAUAAAUAUAUAUGCAAACUGUGUUACAAAUACUUUAUUAGUUAAAAAGGAAAUGCUGAAUAUUUUUGAUAGACCUUAGUGCCUUUUUGAGUGUGUUUAAAUAAUAUUUUUAUUGUUAAGGAAGGAAUGUGCCUUGUUUCUAAAUGUGGCAAAAAUGGAGAGUGGAAUGAAAUUUCUAGAGUUUCAUGACUGAACUUUUUAUACAGAACUGUCUAAACAUAAUUCUUUUCAGUGAUAACAGCUAAGAAGCUGUUACAGUCAGUUAAAUCUUUUUCCUUAAGGUGGGUAAAAAGAAGUUAGUUCAAAUAAAAGCAGCGGGAUGUACAUACAUGUAUAUGUUCUAGAUGCAGUCACUUCCCUGCAUGGUCAGAUUUUUUUUUUGCUUGUUUGUUUCUCUGUGCAGCUUUAAUUUUUUGAUUUGAUAUAAUGCUCAAAGAAUAAAAAUCUGUCUGUGGAGUUUGUGGACGAAAUGUUCAACCUAGGUCAGGAUUGUUUCCAGUUUUGUAUUUUUUAAAACUGCAAAUAGUAUGGAAAUUGUAUUUGGCAAAAUGCAGGAAUUUUUAAAGUAUGUGCCAGAUCAUGAGCUUAUCUUAAUACAUAUUUUUUAAAUAUUUGUUUCCAGAAUGAAUUCUAUGAAACCAUAGUUUUCCUUCUCACUUCUGUGUGUGCUUAAUCUUGUAGGACUUGAGUGGAGCAAUUUGUAGAGAAGAGGUAUUUGAGAAACCUUGGUUUGUAUCUUACAACCUCUAGAUUUGUUGUUGUUUAUUAUCUGAUUAUAUAAUUUUUAAAAUGAUGGCUAUAUUCUGUAACUAUAUUUCAUAUGUCAUAGAAUGAAAUGCUUUAUAUUGAUAAAGGCAGCACAAUAUUUGCUUGACUGCCAGGAUUAGCUGUUAAUAUGCACGAGUACUCAUACAUUUUUUUUUUUCUGAAAUGGGCUAGAACAUUUAAAAAUCACUGAAAAAAACCCUCAGUGCAAUCAGGCUAUUUGUAUCUUAUCUUAUGCAUAAAGUAUUGAACUUUCGCUGAAAGAAACCGAUAAUAGAUAUCUCUCCCUCCAGAGGAUAUGUAGAGUAAAAAAAUGCUGAGUUAAGAAUUAGCAAAUGUGCAUGCUUAAGCAUUUAAAUUUUUUUUAGGUUUUGGGGGGGGGGGGGUUAAUAUUUAUGAUUAAAUCUUGUGUUGAGGAAAAAAAAUAGUUGUUCCUGAUUUAAAAUCUGUAAAACAAAUGGUACAGAUGACUCUGGUACCAAACUUUAUAAUUAAAAAACCCAUGUGGGUUAAUAGAACUGCUUACAUAAUUGGGACUGUAGAAUCUAUCCCGAAAGUAAAGCACCUGGUAACAUAUGAAAGUGAUAAGUCUGUUAUAACACUCCCAUGUGUCCCACAUACUAAUAAAAUAUUUUCUUUAAUAAAUGACCAUUCUCUUUUUCAUAUGUUGAUGAUGACAAAUGCCACUAUUUAUUUUAAGCUAUGUUAUUAUGUGUUUAUUUUCUUUAAAGAAAACAUUACAUUUCUACCCAAAAUGUCUGAGUAGCUCCUCCUUUUAUUUCAGUAAUACUCUGGUAUUAAUUUGCUUCAGGAGUGAACUUUGUGCUUUGAAUGACACUGCAUAAAAUCUCUUUUGUCUUGGGAACUCCCCUGCUGUGCAGUAGUCUAAUAGAAAUAAAACACUCAGAUACUAAAUACAAUAUAAAAAUUAUAGUGUUUCUAUGAUAUUUUUUCAGACUUUUCUUGUUAGAUAUAUAUAAUAUAUGUUACAGUAGAUGCUACCUUGUCUUGUGACAACUUAACUGCUUCCAGUAGUUGAUUCUAGGUGAGAUUUCUUGACUGUAACAAAAGAUAGUACAAUAAAAAAAAAUCUUGUUUGUA